AUGCCGUACCUGGAGCUAGCCGAAUUUGGGUCAGUCGCAUUGAUCCGGUCCUCCGACUUGCGAUUUGAUCUAUUAUCCACGCUAGUGGAGCGGUGGCGUCCGGAGACCCAUACUUUCCAUUUUCCGUGCGGGGAGUGCACGGUGACGUUAGAGGACGUUGCAGUGCAGCUUGGACUCCCAGUUGACGGGAAUCCCAUUACGGGACUAUCUUCAUUAACCGAUCCGGCUGCGGUUUGCUAUAAACUCCUAGGAGAGUCACCAAAGGACGGUGAUAAAUAUUUUUCCACAAUAAAAUUUACAUGGCUAAGAGCCAAAAUUUGUCGACUAUCAGCGACCGCCAGUGAAGGUGAGUUGAUGUGCGCUGCUCGAGCGUACAUCAUGCAUUUGAUAGGGGCACUACUCAUGCCCGAUGCAAACGGCGACAGUGUUCAUUUGUCGUACUUGCCUCUGCUUGCUGAUUUGUCCACAGCUAGGUCGUACAGUUGGGGUUCGGCUGUUCUAGCAAUGCUGUACAAGGAGCUUUGUCGGGCGACAGACCCGCAAUGUAAAGACAUCGGCGGUUGCCUCAUACUGCUGCAGUCAUGGGCACUUUAUCGGAUGCCGUGGACGACCCGUCCCAGCAUCGGGAAGUCAUGUGAUGUCCCGAUAUACCGCAUGAGGAUUGAACAGCAUGCCCGGGAAGGGUUUAUAUGGAUGCCGUACCGGAGGCCGAAAAUUGCAAAUGUUGUACCCCCGUCCGCACUCGUUGAUUCCCACACAUGGUGCACAAACACACCAAUAAUAAAUUUCAACGUCGUCGAGUGGUAUAACGGCGAUCGGGUGCUUCGACAGUUUGGCUGCAUCCAACAUAUCCCGGAUCCGCCGUGCCAGUUGGGGGAUGAUCACGGCUUGACAAAGAGAGGAAGAGUUCAAUUGGACUGGGGAAUAUAUCACCGGAAAUACGUCGCACUGUGGUACGAUCGAUUGCGCCGAAUUCCUCAGAUGGUUAUGGCUACCGACCUGCAGCCAUCCGCACAGUAUAUAGAAUGGUACCAUAGUCGCAGGAAGCCGUAUUUACUUGGAGCGUAA